CACUCAAGCGCCCGCGCCAAGCAAGAUCACACGCACACUCACAAGGCACAAAGCAAGCAACCCCCCCCCCCCCACACACACAGUGAUGAUGGAGACGCUGCUGCGUGUGGAGGGCAUGACCUGCGGGUCGUGCGCGUCGAGCGUCAAGGCGUGCAUCGAAAAGGUGAUGCAAGGGGAGCCGUUCACAGCGGACGUCUCCGUGGCGGAAGGAACAGCAAUGGUGCAGCACCCAGCUAGUGUCAGCGCCACCGCCAUCGCCGAGGCCAUCUCAGACAUCGGCUUUGAUGCGCGUGUUGUGUCAUCCAGCAACACGCAAGGUGACACCACCACCGCCGCCGCCACAACAACGAUCGAGUUCAACUCACCCCUCAUGCAGGGCUUGCAGGAGAACAUGAGCUUCACACCGGUUGACAACGACCAAAACGAGCAGCAGGCACAGCGGGCUGCCGCCACAACCAACCACGACGACCACGACGACGACACCGAUGGCGACGUGAAGACAUCACGCAUUAGCGUGGACGGCAUGACCUGCCACUCGUGCGUUGGCAACAUCACAGAUGUCCUCUCCGACACCGCGGGCAUCGUCGAUGUCGACGUCAGCUUGCAGGACAAGCUGGCCACCGUGAAGCACACCACGGCGAUCAGCGCCCAGGCCAUCGCAGACAGGAUUGACGACAUGGGGUUUGGCGCCGCGCCUCUGGACGCUGACACCGCGUCCGAGGAGGACACGUGCCAGCUGCUGCCCCGCUCCAAGUCGCCAGCAAGUGAAACGAAGAAGGCUGCUCCUGUCGAUCGCGAGGUGCUGCCCGCCGAGGACGAAGACGACGACUCGGACGCCACACGCGAACUGCUGCACUUGCGCAUCGAAGGCAUGUCGUGCGCGUCGUGUGUGGCGGCCAUUGAGACCCGCGUGGGCAAGUUGCCCGGGGUGCUGCGCGUCAACGUCGCGCUCCUGGCAGAGUCUGGCGAUGUGGUGUAUCUCCCAGACAAGAUCAGCCCCGACACCAUUGUCUCGUGCAUCUCCAACGCGGGCUUCCGCGUGCAGGCCACCCGCUCGAAGGAAACAGACACGGUUGUCCUGUCCAUCAACCUGCCCAUCAAAAAGAGCGACGCCGACACCAUCAAGGAGAGGCUGUCGGCGCUGCAGGGGGUGCUGAAGGUGGACGUGGCCGUGUCUGACGCGCGCGUCUCUGUCGGCUACAACUCGUACGAGACGGGACCUCGCGACGUCCUGAACGCCGUGAACAACCUUGGAUACGAGGCCGAGCUGGACCACAGCGACCAGCCCGACUACACGCACAAGAGCUCCAUCCGCUUCUGGCGCCACACCUUCAUCGCCGUCGUUUUCUUCUUCAUUGCCGUGAUGAUGGUGCGCAUGUGGCCAAAGUCGUGGGACGCGCGCAUCACGGACGGCCUCUCCGAACGGAACCUGGCCAUUCUGCUCAUCUCCCUGGCUGCCUUCAUCCCGGGUAAACCGUUUCUCGACUCGGCGCUCGCUUCCGUCCUGCACGGCUCUGCCAACAUGGACGUCCUCAUCUCCCUCAGCGCAAUCGCUGCGUUUGUGUAUUCGCUUGUUGUGCUGAUUGUGGCCAUUGCGUCGCGCGAGGACUCUGGCGGCGGCGACCUCUUCUUCGAGACGGGCAUCAUGCUCUUCACCUUUAUUGCCCUCGGCCGCUACAUUGAGCACAUUGCAAAGGGCAAGACCUCGGAGGCUCUCUCCCACCUGCUGUCCCUGCAGCCGCCACAGGCGCUGCUGCUGCAAGAGGACGACGACGGCAACGCUGUCGAGGAGCACAUUGCCACCGAGCUCGUUCAGCGCGGCGACAAAAUCAAGGUGCUGGCUGGGGAGAAGGCGCCCGUGGACGGGCGUGUCGUUGCCGGGCGCGGCGAAGUGGACGAGUCGAUGAUCACGGGUGAAUCGCGACCCAUCACCAAGAACAUCGGCGACACUGUCAUGGGCGGCACCAUCCUUAAGACGGGCGUGCUCACGUUUGAGGCGACACACGUCGGCAAGGACACCAGUCUCUCGCAGAUUGUGCAGCUCAUUGAACAGGCGCAGAUGUCAAAGGCCCCGAUCCAGCGCAUUGCAGACAAGAUUGCUGGGCGCUUUGUGCCUGGCAUUGUGCUGAUGUCCAUCAUCACCCUCAUCAUCUGGCUCGCCCUCCUCACCACGGGCACUGUCCACUCGGACGAGUCAGACUCCAAGACGGCCUUCCAGUUUGCCGUUGCCGUGCUCGUAAUUGCGUGCCCCUGCGCGCUUGGCCUAGCCACUCCCACAGCGGUGAUGGUGGGCACAGGCGUUGGCGCACGCUUUGGCGUUCUCAUCAAAGGCGGAGAGGCCCUCGAAACAGCCCACAAGGUGACGACGAUUGUGUUUGACAAGACCGGCACGCUGACCAAAGGCGAACCAAGCGUCACGAAAGUGGUGGCGUUCAAGAAACCCACGAGCGACGACAACGCCGUCAGCAGCGAAGGCAGCAGCGCGGCCAGGGCCCUUGGAAAGGCGAUGAGCGAGGACGAGGUGCUGCAGCUUGUUGCUUCGGCGGAGGUCGACAGCGAGCACGUGCUUGGGCAGGCGAUUGUGGCGCACGCCACGGAGCAGUUUGGGGCUGGCUGCCUGCGCCCUGCUGCGGACUACACGACGAUUCCCGGGCGGGGCAUCAGCGCGACCAUUGAGGGCGUGGCGGUGCUGGUCGGCAGCCCGUCGCUGCUGGACGAGAGCGGCAUUGCGGCGAGCGACGACGCGCGGGCACAGGUGCACGCACUGGAGGAGCAGGGCAACACGGUCGUGCUGUGCAGCGCAGACGGCGUGCUUGUCGGGUGCGUGGCGCUCGCGGACCAGUGCAAGGAGGACUCUGCGCAGGCUGUGCGGGUGCUGCAGAAGCAGGGCCUGCGCACGGUCAUGCUCACGGGCGACAACGAGCGCACCGCCAAGGCCAUUGCAGACCAGGUUGGCAUUGACACGGUGUUUGCGGGCGUGCUUCCGUCCCACAAGGCGGCCAAGGUGCAGGAGCUGCAGGAGCAAGGGGAGGUGGUGGCCAUGGUUGGUGACGGCAUCAACGACGCGCCCGCGCUCGCUGCUGCGGACCUGGGCGUGGCCGUCGGCGCAGGCACGGACGUGGCCAUUGAGGCCGCAGACGUCGUGCUGAUCAAGGACAACCUGCUGGACGUGUUUGUGGCGCUGCACCUGUCCAAGGCAACGGUGCGCCGCAUCCACUACAACUUCAUCUGGGCCAUUGUGUACAACGCGAUUGGCGUGCCCAUUGCUGCGGGCGCGCUGUAUUCGCUGGGCGUGGUGCUGACGCCGAUGAUGGCCUCUGGGGCGAUGGCUGUGUCCUCCGUGUCUGUGGUGUGCUCCUCGCUGUUGCUCCGCCGCUACCGCAGCCCGACGUCGCAGGAGAUGGACGACGCCUCCACGCUUGGCCCGCGCACCAAGCAGCGCACCCUGCUGCAGCGCCUGUUCCCCAUGCAGAGCCGUCGCAACGCGCGUCGCGAUGGAGGGCGACAGCUGCGGCAGCGACCCCGGCGCCUGGACCUGCGCUCGCCAACCGUGGAUGGCGGGCCGUCGUACCAGCGCGUCGCGUCCACGUCCUCGGUCGUCACCUUCGCCUCUGUUGGCUCCUCCACCUCCGAGGUGUAGCCAGCGCGAAAACGAAACGACCGCGUGGUUGUUUGUUUGUGCCUCUUGUGUGACGUUGGUGUGUGUGUGUGUGUGACGUUGGUGAGUGUGUGUGUGUGUGUGUGUGCGUUUGUGUGUGCGUUUGUGUGUGUGUG